AUGGACUGGCUCUGGGAGAAGACGUUGGAUUUCUGGUGCUCAUUCUUUGGCGACCACGAGCAUGAUGACUCGACUAAAGAUUCAGCACCAUCACUCACGACUUCGCCGAUACCCCAGCCUAUCAAACGCAAAUCCCGUGUGAGAUUUAGCCGCAGCACCACACGAAAACUACAACUCAACGAACUGGAACAGUUGGGCUCCACAAAUGCCUUCUUCAAUUUCCUGCUCGCCCAGCGGAUUCGGCAAGUGGGCUUGCUGGGUCUCAACUACCUGGAUGUGUUGAAGUCCCACCGGCUAAUUUCGGGGCAACACAUAUGGCACUCUAUGAAUGAGAAGGAGCGGAGGCCCUACCUAAAAUUGGCCGAAAGUAUUCGGCAGCAUGAGAUGGAAACCUUUCAGGAUAGAAGGAAACUUGAUGAAAUCGGCUACCAAAUGUAUGCGUGCCAAAAAAGAGCCAAGAUCGCUGAGAACUCGGAACGCAUAGCGCCAAGAGAUCGGGAGACGCAACUGAGGAGAGACCUGAAAACGAAAUCGCUUGGAGAACGUUCCCCCAAAGCGACUAAGAUCAGUUGAAGGUGGCGCGUUGCGCUCGACGGUUGUCGCUAUUCUGGUUCUCGCUCUGGGUAGUCUGGCCUGGCGCAUAAAGACGCGAUAUCGGUCAAGUUCAGACGAAGACGACGACGACGCUACGAUCAGUCAAUUAGCCUCGCCGUGAGGGCGCGUGAAAUUCACUUUUAAAUUUCCCGAACUCGAUUUUCAUAUACAACACAGAUCCGCAGAUCGCUUUUGUUACGAAUCUCGCGUGUGCGCUUGUUUGAAAAGGAAUUUGUCACAGUGCCAAAA